GCCCGGAGGCACCCCACACUCGACCCAGCGAUCUCCUCCCUCCCCGAGACAGCAAACGCAAUGCCUACUCACCGUGGAGACGACCAUGGACGCCACUAAGCAACAAGGGCAGAGGAGGCCAUGAAAGAGAUGGGCGAAAGCUCCCAGAUCUCUAAAGAAGGCGCUCUGCUCCGCUCUCCUGGGACUAGUGGCAUCAAUGGAGAGCGAGGAGCGGUCGGCGACGGCGGAGGAAGGCGACUGCUGCGGCUGGAUGGAGAUGGAGGAGGGCAAGGACGGUGGCGACCGGCGGAGGAAGCGGUUCAGCCAGGAGCAGAUCAAGUCGCUGGAGACCAUGUUCGAGACGCAGACCAAGCUGGAGCCUCGACAGAAACUCCGUCUCGCCGGCGAGCUCGGCCUGGAGCCCCGGCAGGUGGCCAUCUGGUUCCAGAACAAGCGCGCGCGGUGGAAGGCGAAGCAGCUCGAGCGGGAGUACUGCAAGCUCAAGGCCGAGUACGAUGCGCUGCUCUCUAACUUCGACGGCCUCAAGAAGGAGAAGCAGCUCCUCCUCCAGCAGGUGCAGGAGCUAACAGAAAUGAUAGAGAAAGCAGAGGAAGGAAGCGACAGAGUCGGAGUGAAACAGGAAGAGCACGGCCUCCGCGCCGGCGGUCAACGGGCAGACUCCUCCUUGACUUCGUCGGAGGAGCCGCAGUUUUGCUUCGCCACCAACAACUGGCCUUCCGAUCAGUACUUGUGCAGCAAUCCACAGUGGUGGGAAUUUUGGUCUCUCAGUGAAUAAAUCCCACCUGCAAGUCUGCAACGCCAACUCAAAGAAUGAAGAAACGAUGAUUUCCUUCUCAUUGAGGAAGAAGAGUGCUGCUGCAUCCAAUCAAAUGCUUAAAACAGAGUAGUGUAUAAAGUGUCUGUGUGGAAAACUUCGAACCGUCCUCGUGAAUCUACUUAGUUCUCAUCAGCAGAACAAUAUAUGUAUAUGUAAUCCUAGACGACUACCACUGUGAAUGAUCAAGGAAGUAUGUGCCCAUCCAGAGUAGUGAGGAUCUUUUGAUAUAAAGGUUACACAGUGAAUUGCCUUUGAUA